AUGGACCGCAGCUUGGAUGAGAUCAUUGCGGAGCGCCCUCAGAAACAAAAUCGGGGUGGCCGCCGCCCUCCUCAAGGUCGUCGCCGUGAUGGCGUAAGAAAGCACGCCCAUCUCGUGCCCCUCGACGACCACGCGGUGACCGCUAUUCCCCGCCGCCGGACCAAUAGCGCCCCUACUGGAGCUAAGCUUCGUGUUGAGAACCUUCAUUACGAUAUUACAGAAAGUGAUCUUGAGGAUCUGUUUACUCGAAUUGGCCCAAUCAGCAACCUCUCUCUCGUCUAUGACCGAGCAGGACGCUCUGAGGGUGUCGCCUUCGUUACCUAUGCACGUACCAGCGAUGCGAGAACGGCCAUAAGCGAGUUUGACGGCGCGAAUGCUAAAGGACAACCUAUUCGUGUGACCCUUGUUUCCACAGUCGGUGGACGACGAGACCGGAAUCCCUUUGACAAUGUCGAAAGGCCUAAAGGUAGCUUGUUUGACCGUGUGGAGCGGCCACGCGAUCGUGACUCUCGCAGUCUUAGCCCCGGAAGUGGACAUGAAAGUGCUGACGAUGGUGCACGCCGCCGUCGUGGCCGCCGGGGAGGUGGCGGACGCUACCGACGUAGCGAUGUCUCCAAGCCAGCUCCGGAUCAUAUAGAUCGGUAUGUGCCAGGACAGCGAUCGCCGGCGCGUCGUCCCGCCAACGGACGACGCCAGGGCCAGGGCCAGGGCGAGAGCCGUCGUGCCCCUGCUGCUCGACCCAAGAAGACGCAAGAAGAGCUGGACCAAGAGAUGGACGAUUACUGGGGCACUGCAAACACUGGUGCUGGCACUGCUGACAAGGAGACCGUUCCGGCUGAGCCGCAGCAAAUUGCGCCUGCAACUACGGCUGCUGCUGGCGACGACGAUAUUGACAUGAUUGAGUAA